UUUAGAAUAAUAUCUAGUGUACACUGUAAUUUUUGUAUCGUGCAUGCUUAUAUGAUUAUUUAGUUGACGUUAAUGCUGAAAUAUUCAAGAAAUGAAGAAACCGCAUACUAUGCAUUAUUAAUGCUUUAUCGAACUUCGUUUGAUGAAUUUAAAGAUAAGGUAUCAUUUUAAAGGGCAGUAGAUAGCAGGAAACGUAACUUCAUAGGUUUGUUUACGCAUAAUGACUGACUUGGAUGCAGAUGAUUGUUUAACGAAAUUGAAUACUCAACUGAAUAAAUCUAUGGUUCUGAUGGAUACAUCGGUAGAAAAUGAUGUACAGCCAAAAAGUAACAGAUCCAUAAAAAUUAAUACAAAAGUUCAGCCUGGCAAUGCUUUCAAUGUUUCUCCCGUGUCUAGAAAAAGUAUUUUGAAAAGAACUGAUUCUAAAAAUAAUGAAAAACAAAAUAGAGUAGGAACAGAAAAUACAGAAAAUAACAAGGAAACAAUUAAUCAUGAUAGAACGUCGACAAAUACAUCAACUGUUCCUAGACCACAUACUAUUGAUGACCUGAUACAAGCAGAAAAUUUAAUUCCAGAAACAACAGAUUCUACAUUUAGUUUGGAUGAUAUAUUGGAUAACGAAGAUGUGUGGAUAAUGGACAUUCCUAGCACAAUAGAUCCACAGGAACUCAAAGGUCAAACAUUAGUGUUUGGAGAUAAAACAAAAUUUAAAAUUAAAGAAGAACGUUAUUAUGCAGUGAAUCACAAUGUUAAAUGUAAUAUAACUUGUGUACUUAACACUGGCAAGAUGAAAUCACGAUAUAAAACCAUUAACGUGAAGCCAGCAGGUACAAUUACAGUUAGGCGGAAGCUUUCAGGUAUUUCAAAGACUAAGCCAAUGCAAAUAGAAGAUUCAAGUGUACCGUUUCCUACAAACUUGAAAACUCGUCAUCCCUUAUUCGGUGUAAGUUACGAAGGUAAAGUUCGAAAGUGUGCAAUAAAGUAACUUACUUUAACAAAAAAAUGGUAAUAGCCAAGAACAAUAUUGUAUACUAUACUGUGUUUCAAAAUUAUGUACCAUAGAUAAAUUGUAUAUUAUACUAUUCAUAAAGGCGUGCAUGCUCAUCUUUUUUACGAAAGGUUAAAUAUCAUUAACAUUAAACAUAUUCCACGAAUAAAUUACGUUCGGUGUGUUAUUUUAAUUUGGAUUUUACAAAUGAAAAGUAAGAUGUACGACCAGAUUCAUACAUUUAUAAAAUAAAAUACGAUAACAUGA